AAUGGGCAAAAAACAACAUCAAAGUGAUAAAUUGUAUCUGACAACAAAAGAAUGGAGAGAUGUAUAUGGUGGUCACAAAGAUGAUACUGCUACAAAGAUACAAAGAGCACAAUUUAAACGUCUUCCUUUCACUCAUUGUGCUCUUUCUUUUCUUCCUUUUGAAGACCCUGUCUGCACUCCAGAUGGAAUUAUUUACGAUUUAAGCCAUAUUACUCCUUAUAUUAAAAAACAUGGAUUGUGUCCAGUUUCUGGCAAAAAAUUGACAAAUAAGGACUUGACUGUACUUACUUUUGCUAAAGACAAGGAUGGAAGUUUUCGUUGUCCAGUUACCUAUAAAAUUUUUACUCAAACAAGUAUUAUUGCUGCAAUUCGCACAACAGGAAAUGUUUACUCUAUGGAAGCAAUUGAUGAGCUUAAUUUGAAAAGGAAUCAUUUAAAAGAUUUAUUAACUGAUAAACCCUUCCAACGAAAAGAUAUUAUAAUUCUUCAAGACCCCCAAAAUUUGGAUAAAUUUAAUAUCGAACAUUUUUAUCAUGUUCAGUUUGACACAAAAACAAAAGAAACCCUUUUAGAAGAAAAAUUAGCUAUGCAAAGUCCAAAAUAUUUUUUAAAUUCUUUAAAUAAUGAAGCAAAAGAAGCACUUUCACAAUUAGAGAAACAAUAUGUUCAAAAGACUGAAGAAAAACCAAAAGAACAAAUUGCUGAUUCUAUAAAUGCUGCACAUUUUUCACAAGGAAAAGUAGCGGCUGGAUUGACUUCGACGACAAUGGAGCCUGUAACAAAUAAUAAAGCAGCUAUUUUGGAUGAAGAUGAUGUUAAAUAUUCUCGAGUGACUCGUAAUGGUUAUGUUCGUAUUGUAACAAAUUUUGGACCUUUAAAUUUGGAGCUAUUUUGUAAACACGCUCCACGUGCUUGUGAAAAUUUUAUUGUUCAUUGUAGAAAUGGAUAUUAUAAUAAUACAAUAUUUCAUAGAAUUGUUUCUGGAUUUGUGCUUCAAGGUGGUGAUCCUACUGGCACUGGAACUGGUGGUGAAUCUAUUUGGGAUAGGCCAUUCAAAGAUGAAUUUCAAGGCACAUACAAACAUGACCAAAGGGGUAUUCUCAGCAUGGCUAACCGAGGAACUGAUACUAACCGUUCACAAUUUUUCAUAACAUUUGCUGCCUGUCCAAAUUUAGAUGGAAAACAUACAGUUUUUGGACGUUUAGUUGGUGGGGCAACAACAUUAUGUGCUAUAGAAAAUGUCGAAACUGAUAAAGAAGAUCGACCGUUAGAAGAUGUAAAAAUUAUGGCUGCUGAAGUUUUUGUUGAUCCAUUUGAAGCGGCGGCCGAAGCAGUCAAGAUGGAAAGAAAAGCUUUGGCUAUUAAAGCAAAUUCUACCUUAUCAGAAGAAGAAACUAAUCGAAAUAGACAACAACAGACAGAAAUUCAAAAACCAAAAUCAUACUCUUCAGGUGUAGGGAAAUACAUUAAACCAGAAAUUAGAAUUGCAGUUAGGAGAGCAGCGAAAUUAAUGGAUGUUAAAAAACAAAAUUCUAGCAAAAAUGAAAUUGAUGAGGCAACAUACAAUCAAAUUGCUACAAUGUUUCAAAGACCGUCACAAGUUGAGAAAAUAGAUGAAUUACUUAAGAAAGCUGAAAGGAAAAAGGUUUUAUUUUUAUGUAAAUUGGCAGCUGUAGAGGCAAUGUUAAGAACUGGUGUUCAAUCACAGCUAGAGGGUAUUCGAUCAGCUAUUUCUCAUAUGCAAGUAACCGCUGAAGAAGUUUUGCAAAUUGGAAAGAGUAUGCAAGAAAUUGGCGAAAAAUUGCAAUCUAUACCAGAAACUCGCAAUCGUUUAAGUAUGCUAUCAAAGGCAAACAGUCAACAUAGUCAAUAUGCGAUUGCUGUGGAAAAUUUUAAACAUAUUUUUAAUUUAGUGGACACAGUAGAGAAAACACACGAAUACAUUUUAGAAAAUAAACUUUUACAUGCACAUAAAAAUAUUAUGGAAUUGGAGAAUGCGAGAGAUGAUUUAAUGUUUGAAGUACAUAAAUUGAACUCUGAGCGGAGGGAAUAUGACAAAAAUUUGCUCAAAAAUUAUUUUACCGAUCUUGACAAACUUGUAAAUGAUCUUGCUAAACAAGUUUGGUAUAUUUGUUCGAGAGCAUUAGAAGCCGUUCAAGGAAAUGAUAGUGCACUUCAACAAUUAGUUUCGGCAUUAAGGAUUAUUGAAAGGGAAGAGAGGAUUGACACCUAUUAUUUGGACCAACGACCAGUUUCCAACGAUUUUAUGCCUCCCGGUCGACCACGACAAUGGUGACGACAACUUUUCGAAGUAUUGGCUAAAAAUGUACGGGACAGACUAGAAGGCAAUCAAUUAGAAGAUAAGGCAAUAAAUAGGCAAUGGUUGGCAAG